AUGUCUACAGGUGAAAUUAUGGACUACUCAAGUAGAUCAGCGGAGCGAUAUGCGAGGAUGACUCUUCCUCCAUAUGCCGCCCAACGUCCAGCGGCUGGGACACACUUCAGUGUGAAUAGUGUCUUGAAAUGUUCGAAUGGAGUAGUGUACUCCUCCGUCGCAGUACCUAUUCCUUCUACAUAUGCAAUCACGACCCAGCCAGUCUCCAUAUUUAGUACAGCAUAUAAAGAUUUCUUAGGAAUGCAUUCCAGAGGUGAUCAGUGUCUUUCACCGUCAUAUAGUUUUUUAACCACCCCCACGAUGGGAGAUGGAUGUGUUCUCAUAGAAACUGGAAAGGAGACUCUCCCUUCAGCAUUCCCUGCAGUCAUUCCUAUGGUAACGGGGGUCCCUGGCGCAUACAUUGACGCACCACUGGAGACCGUAGCAGCACCAACACAACCUUUCAGCGCUCCAGUCCUUCAGGGGUCGGACGGCAGCCAGGAGCAGCAGUUUCAGAAGGAGCGUGAGCUUCUUGAGCUGGAAAAGAUGAAGCAGCUUCGUCAGGCGGAGGAGCUCGAGUGGGAACGGCAGGAGAUGCAGAUGUUCCGGGAGCACGAGCAGAUCAUCGUCCAGCAGGAACUGGAGAAGCUGCAGACGAUGAAGCAGCAGCUCCUCUUCCAGCAGGAGGAGGAGCGCCAGGCUCACCUUAUGAUGCAGCAGGAGACGUACGCCCAGCAUCAGCUGCAGUUGGAGCAGAUACACCAACUCCAGCAGCAGCUCCAGCUGCACUUGCAGGAGCAAAAGAUGAGGGAAGUGUAUGGCUAUGAUCCCUCUGAGGGGGUUCCUCCGCUCAGCGGUUCCGAGCAGAUACCACAGGACAUUCAGUACGUAGGGCAUGACGACACACAAUUCUGGCCAGUGAAGGAUGAGACCACUGCAACUUCCGUGGUUACUGGGUUAGAGACCCCACAGAACCAGGCCUGGUUUUCACUUCCCACUCAGGGAGUUGGCAAAUAUAUACCAAUCAUGCCAGGAUCUGAUGUAGCCCUAAAAGAGUCAGAUGGACAGGUUCACCUCCAGCUCAGCAACACAAUACAGCUUGACGGCCAGAAGACAACAGUAGACAGUGGGGUCCAGGCUGACAGUGAAGAUGUAGCGGACAGGGCUUACGCUGGGAGGAGAAGGAGGGCCAGGAAGAGCGUGGACAGCAGUGUUCAGACAGACGAGGAGGACCAAGAUGAGUGGGAUGUCCCCAGCAGGAGCCGGCGCCGGGCACGGUCCAGCAGAUCGGCAGAGGGAGAGAGGGGGAAGCAGUCCUCCAAGUUGUCCAGCAUUGCCAUCCAGACGGUAGCCGAAAUCUCAGUCCAGACAGAGCCCUCUGGGCCUGUGAAACGGCCAUCAGUCAGGGCCCACGUUGAUACUAAGGUAGAGUUAUGCUCCCCAGAAAAAUCGCACAGGGGCGGCAGCUUGACUUCGGAGAGGAGGUCUCCCCAGAGAGAUAAGAGGAGGCCAGGCCCUUUAGAAAUAGGCUACUCCGCUCACCUGAAAGCAGACGGGUCCUCUCUGCAGGUAGCACCGUCUACUCCCAAGUCUCCCAAGGUGCUGUUCUCGCCGGUCUCUCCUCUGUCCCCCAAGACCUCUCUGGAGUACGUCUCUUACGAAAAAUCCAUUGGAGAUUCAAGCCCGCAUGAUACUUUCAGCUCGGAGUCUUCGAAUGCCCCGAACAGCACACAGCCGAUGGACCUGAACAUGUCAAAGCUCACGGCCGACAGGCAGACGGGCUCUAGCUUCCACUUCUCCGACAGCUAUUCAGGAAAAGGCACCCAAAAGAAAGUGAGGCGUACUCUCCCUAACCCGCCCCAAGAGGAGGAGCCCAUGCUCAGCCCUUGCGGCUACAGCACCGGCUCCGCCCGCAGGCGCCUUUGCCGGAACAUCACCAUGGCACGUGCCAAGAUCCUGCAGGACAUCGACAGGGAGCUCAGCCUCGUGGAGCGGGAGUCCUCUAAACUCCGCAAGAAGCAGGCCGAGCUGGACGAGGAGGAGAAGGAGAUCGACGCCAAGCUGAGGUACCUGGAGAUGGGCAUCAAUCGCAGGAAGGAUGCGCUGCUGAAGGAGCGAGAGAAGCGGGAGAGGGACUACCUGCAAGGGGUCGCCGAGGAGCGCGACUACAUGUCGGACAGCGAGGUCAGUAACAUCCGUGAGCCGACGGCGGACAGCCACAUACUCGAGAGACCCAAGACGGCACCGCAGUCGGAUCUUGAGCAGUUCAUCCCACCACAGGGUGCGAAAAAGAGCCCGUACUCUGUGUACCAGUAUGCCUCACCGACACAGACCCCUCCGCAGACCUUCUACGAGUGUGCACAAGCAUCGCCAUACCAGACUCAGUCCAUUUACACGGAUCCCACACUGUCCUACCCCCAGGCGUCACACCAGCACUCCGGGUCACAAGUGUACCAGAAAUCCCGGCAUUCCACACUCUCCGAAUUGGAGACGAAGAUCACCACCAACUAUGAGAUCAUACGUAACCCGAACGUGCUGUUGGGCCCCUCUACAGACAGUACCUAUGACCUAACCCAUCUCGGGGGCAAGUAUAGCAGCCUGAGGAUGGGUGUAGAUGAAAGAGGCAGCAUCGCCAGCAGCCCUAUGUCCAGCAUCUCUGCCGACUCCCUGUACACGGAUGUAGAUCAUCACGCCCCCAAGAGCUACGUCCUGCUCAAUGACAUCAGUGAGCUUACGAAGGGUUCCAGCGGGCUAUCCUCCAGCUUCAGCAUUCCCGACAAAGACCUGGCCAAGGCCGACCGGCUGCUCCGUGCCGCAGAGUUGCGGGACUUCCUGGGACCACUGCAGGCAUCUUCCAGGCUUCAUCCUUGCAUGAAGGUCCAGGAAGAUGCCAUGGAGGAACCCUAUGAGCUGAAGCUCCUGAAGCAGCAGAUAAAGCAGGAGUUCCGCAGAGGGGCGAGCGGCCUGGACCCCCUGACGGGCCUGCCCCACUGCUACCCCAGCGACAGUGGCUACCGGCACUUUCCCAGGGCUGAUAAGUACAGCAUCGGCCGGCUGACAUUAGAGAAGCAGGCGGCAAAGCAGCUACCGGCCUCUGUGCUCUACCAGAAACAAGCCAAACAUAAAAAGGCAACACUGGACCCAAAACUCACAAAGUUUUCUUCUAUCCAUGAAAGCAGAGACCUUGGGCUGGAUUAUAGUAGCUAUUUAACACCCAGUGGCACAUCAGUUAGUGGGCUCACAUCCCGAUCACGGCUGCUACAGGACAAUUUUACUUUUGGACUUAGGAAGAACAUCACAGAGCAGCAAAAAUACCUUGGAUCCAAUCUUGGAGUUAGUAUUGCACAAUCUCUCAAUCUAGGACAAUCACUGAACCUAAGCCCCCACUCAAGAUCACCCAUCCCAGACAGCGCUGUGUAUCCAAGUGGUAGCAGGUCGCGACCUUCUUCCAGGCCAUGCUCGGUCUACGGAAUUGACCUUUCCAUCAAGAGGGACCUGUCCAGUUCUUCACUGAGAUUAAAGAUGGAGAGUGAUGGUACCUCUAUCCUGAGGGCCAAGCCGUCCAUCCUUCCCAUCAGCCAGAGCAGGGGCCGCAUUCCCAUCAUAGCGCAAAACUCCGAGGAGGAGAGUCCGCUGAGUCCUGUCGGCCAGCCAAUGGGAAUGGCUCGGGCAUCCGCGGGGCCCCUCCCACCCAUAUCAGCUGACUUAAGGGACCAGUUUGGCUCCAGCCACUCCCUCCCUGAGGUACAGCAACACAUGAAGGAGGAGUCCAGGUCACGGGUGGAAUCCCGUGCACGUGUAUACGACCGAGACUUGGCACUGCUGACAGAGGACAUGCAAAGUGUUGUGUCUGACAGCGAAGCGUAUCACCUACGGCAGGAAGAGAUGGACUGGUUUAAUGGGCCCCGGGAGGGACGUGUCAUGGAUGGGAACACUGGCCUGCACAAGCAGAUCCAUCAGCUUGGAGAGGUGAAGCCCCGCUACCCUUACCCCUACGCAAGAGUGAACGUCCAGAGAGACCCUAACGACCACAGUGUUUCAGGUGCUGGACUUGGCAUCCGCGUGGUGGGUGGGAAGGAGAUCCCAGGGAACAGCAGGGAGAUCGGGGCAUAUGUGGCCGAGGUUUUCCCCGGCUCUUCCAUAGAACAUGCUGGAAAGAUCGUGGAAGCACACAUGAAGCUGAAUGGCCACAUGAGCUGUCAGUCAGGAAUGCAGGUCCUGGAGUGGGACGGGAUUCCUCUGACGGGUAAAACAUUCGAGGAGGUCCAAGGCCUCGUGAUGCGAUCAAGCAGCGAAGUGGAAAUCUGUGUCAGACUGGAUCUGAACAUGCUGUCCGAUUCAGGUCACCUCCAGUGCCUGGAGAUUCUGGACCAACCGAAAGCUGGAGACAGGCAGAGGUCCCCCGGAAUCGAUCCGAAGCAGCUGGCCGCCGAACUGCAGAAGGUUUCUCAGCAGAAGUCACCUUCUUCGGUUCUGCCUGCCAUGGAGAAAGGGCAACGAGCGCACCCAGGAGCCACUCCCAGCCCGGCUCGGCCGGGAUCGCCCUCUGUCAGCAAGAAGCGGCAUAGCAGCAAGCUUGCAGAGCCAACAAAGACCCAGAUGCAUCCAAUAACAGGCGAUAUCCAGCUUCAAAUCAACUAUGACCGCAGUCUGGGCAACCUCAUCAUCCACGUCCUGCAGGCAAGGAACCUCUCGCCCAGAGACGGCGGCAGCUACUCUGACCCCUUUGUCAAGGUGUACCUGCUCCCCGGAAGGGGCCAAGUGAUGGUUGUCCAGAAUGCCAGUGCUGAGAACAAAAGACGGAGCAAGUCUAUGAACAAAAGCCUGAACCCAGAGUGGAAUCAGACGGUCAUUUACAAGAACAUCCACCUGGAACAGCUGAAAAAGAAGACCCUGGAAGUGACCGUGUGGGAUUACGACCGCAUGGGCUCUAACGACUUCCUGGGUGAAGUGCUGAUCGACCUGUCAAAUACGGUUCAGCUGGAUAACACUCCCCGCUGGCUGGCCCUCAAGGAGCAGGGCGAUGUUAUCGACCACGGCCGCGCUCCCCCAGGCCAGAGCGCUCUGGGGUCCAAGUCCUCCGUCAUCAAGAGCCGGAGCCACGGCGUCUUCCCCGAUCCGUCCAAGGACAUGCAGCUCCCCACUAUUGAGAAGUCCCACAGUAGCCCCGGCAGCUCAAAGUCCUCCUCCGAGGGACAUCUCCGCUCCCACGGUCCAUCCCGCAGCCAGAGCAAGAGCAGUGUGGGGCAGACGCUUCCAGAAGAGCCCGUGCCAGGCACCGACCCGGCCAUCCAGCAUCUGCGCACCCAGCCAGUGCGGCCCAGCCAGAGGACGUCCGGCAGCACUGUGAAGAACACCUCCGUGGUGAGCACUUUUGCUGCCACCGAUCUCAACCUGGAGGAGGAGGACGGUGCUGAUGCCAUAGACAGCGCCAUCUUCCACGUACCACAGAUUGGGAAGACCAUCCCAAACGGGACAGAUGGCAUGCGAGGACUUGACCACCUGGGGUCUGCAGAAAACAUAGCAGGUAAGACGCAGGCCAUGGGGGAAAUCAAGGUGGCCCUGAAGAAGGAGACAAAGACGGAGGGCGAGCAGCUCGUGGUGGAGAUCCUCCAAUGCAGAAACAUCACCUACAAAUUCAAGUCUCCAGACCAUCUCCCAGAUCUGUAUGUGAAGCUGUAUGUGGUCAAUGUGGCCACACAAAAGAAGGUGAUCAAGAAGAAGACACGGGUGUGCCGGCAUGACCGUGAGCCCUCCUUCAACGAGACAUUCCGCUUCAUCCUGAAUCCCGCGGGCCACUCCAUCCAGCUCUUCCUGGUGUCCAAUGGGGGUAAGUUUGUGAAGAAGACUCUGGUGGGAGAGGCCUACAUCUGGCUGGACAAAGUGGACCUGAAGAAGAGGAGCGCUAGCUGGCACAAACUUCUGGCCAGCUCCCCCCAGAGCCACCCCUAGGGGUCGCCGCUUCACGGCAGGGUUCCCCGGGGGAGGGCAGCCACAGGGAUUCUGAGCUGCUGGGAGGCACUGGCACCUUGUGGUAGGGGCAGACCGUAAUGGGGAAGCAGGGAUCUCGGUCAGCUUUCCUGGUCUGGUGUGCGUGUGUGGAGUAAACAAAGGCACAAGAAAGAUAGUGGUUAGUGGGGGAGGAAGAGAGGUAGAUGGAUGGAGGCAGAGCAGACUGCACAUCUCAUCCCAGCCAUGAGUCUUUCUUUGGAUGCACGAGAAACCAUACGGGCAGGUGCCAGGCUCCGGGUAGGAGCUGGAGGCUGAAGGGGGCAUGACCGCAGGUGCCCGUCCAUCUGGCUCCGAGGUGCCCGGGUACGACACGGUGUGCUCUCAUUGCGCUCCCCCUGGCCUCACUCACAGCAUUGGGCUUCCAGCCUCACUGUCUGCGCUCGGCCUGUGCACAGAGCGCCUUCCAUUCAUUCUAGUGUUCGUCCGUCUGACAUAAUCCGGCUCAUACACUUUAUAUACUGGACAGAGGCGAUAGAUUACCAGGGAAGGUUAUCUAACUGAGAUAGGCACAUACUUAACAAGAAUAUUAUGAAUGCACAUGUAGAGGUAAUGGUUGGUUAGCUAUUUGGCUACAGACGGUUGACUUGCUGGUUCAGACUAUCGGUCUGUCUUGUUGGAUUGGAUCAUCUGGUUCUAAUUUUGUUUAAUGUGACAUUUAAAGCACAAAAUCUUACAUUUCUUAUUGUACUAUGAGUCACACUUAGAUAAUUUGCACCUUGAACUGAAUGAGAGGUACUGCUCUGUUUGUCUGUCGACCAAAUAGAUAGAUGCUACAGUAAAACUUAAUCUAUUCCUACAAAAGCGUGCUUUUUUCCAGAAAAGAGCUUUUUUUUGAAACGCGGGCUGUGGGCAGGAGUAGUGCGUGACGUCACAGCGAGCUUCCUUAGUGGCAGAGUUGCCAGGUCCGCGGUUUUCCCGCCCACUUGGGCUAUUUUGAAAGUACAGUUGCUGGUAAAUAUUAGGAGGUCGCGGGUUGCCGGUUCUUGGGCUGCUGUCAUAAUGUCCCGCGGCAGCGGACUGUAAGGGAAACAGAAAUUAAUUAUCAUGAAUGCAAGUGGCUCCUAAUGCUGAGUAAUAGUGAAUCACUGUAGCCACCGAAAGUCAGAGACAGACGCAGACGGAAAGCAGGGCUGCCAACUCUCACGCGUCUGGCGUAACUCUCACGCAUUGGUUCACACCCAAGCAAUCUUAUUCCCUAAUUCACAUACAUGUAAAUGUGUGUGCGGAAUAGUCUCGAAUUGAAAGUCUAAAUUGAAAGUUAGCUAACCACAGUUGGGAACCCAGGGAAAAGAGAGUUUGUCUAUGUGACGUCAUUGUGUUUAACUGUGGUUUUAAAAUGUCGAACAUUUGAAUGUCAUCAGCAUGCAAAAUACUGGUUUAUUUCUUUGAGACACAGUAUACUUGAAUUUCAGAUAUUGGGCUGGUUUCAGCUUCCAUUGGGCGGAUUUUAAGCAGACCUUGGGCAGGAGAUUUUUGCCGGACCUGGCAACACUGCUUAGCAGCCCUUGAGGUCGCUGGCGCUGACCCAAGGAAUCCCAGGGCUGCAUCUUACUGGAGGCGUUUUGCUCCCAUGGUAGACGGUUAUGUGUGUACAUUUCGAAGGAGGUGGUGUUAAUUGUAUCAUAGUCCGUGAUUGUUACUUGCUGUUAAAAAAAAAAAAAAGUCUAUUUAAUAAUGUCCUCUCCGGUGGUCGCCCUGCUCGAUCCCGUGUGUUCGCUCCUGGAACCCUCCCGACACACGACCCUCGACAUAUUUGCCUGUGUACGAUUUCCUUCCUGUCAGUUACCGAGAAACGAAACGAUACCGUCAUAUAUCCUGGGAUACCUGCACCUUCCAGACAGUGACCGUCAGUUUUGUUUUUUUUUUGUUAUUUUGCUAGUGGUAAAUCGUCCUAUGGCCGAGCGUUUGAUUUUGCGUGUGCCAAUCUUAUUUUAAAAUCAAAUCCAUGGGUUCUAUUGGCGUUUUUUGCGAUCCUUCUAUGCAACAUGGCAACGAUGCCUUUUCUUAACAACUGAAAACAGCACAUGCGUAUAUAUAAAUACAUACAUAUAUAUAUAUAACAUUAAAUAAUAUAUAUGAAAUGGUUCUAUAUUAUUUGAAAAGAAGUGCUUAUUGUAAUAUUUCCGUUUUUUACUUUUUGCUGGGUGUGCGUGGAGUGCGCUUUCCGUUCUGUAUUCCCACGUUUUCUUCAUUUCACUUCCGUUUCUCCAUGCGGCUGGUGAGGUAACGCAGUCACUCGUGUGAUAUGCAUGAUCCUUCCUUCGCAGACACAUCGCUCACCUCACGGGAAGCGGCUUUUCGUCUCGUCAUACAUCUAAACAUAAUUAGGCAGCGAGUCCCUCCACAUCACCCAUAAAGCGUUUGUGAUAAUGAUCGUGAAAAUGUGAAAAAUCACCAAGCGUUCCGUUUCAGAUGUAUAUGCGCUGAAUAUGUUGGUCCGGUUCCAAUGUUCCCUCACGUUUCCAUACGUCCAUUCCUGUUGUUGUUCCAAUGUUUACUAGUGAACAAAAAAAUGAUAAUAAUAAUUAUAUAACUGUGAGGAAAAUGGUUCCUACAUGUAACCUUGUAAAUACCUUGCAUUGUUUUUAUACCAGAGGACAUUUUAUUAUUUAUUUGGUCUGCCAUUGAGCAUGUGAAUGUGAAAACUCAUUUUAAAGCAAAUAUUUUUUACUGAUCUACGUGGUCGCCCGUGGAGUGAAGCGAUAACCCCGCAUUUUGGCUAAAAUGAGUGUAAAAUCUCAACCCAGGAACGCCUAGACAUCGACGCCACAGGACUGUGACAAUGCCAUCAGCUUGUGUCCGCGCGCUCGAUAUUGCAUGUGUCCUUGAUGAUUUGUUAGUAUUUUUGCUUAUAUGUAAAACAGAAAACAGAAUGAAUGGGGAGAAAAACCACAUGUAUGUAAAGUGUACAUGUAUGUAAAGCAGUAUUCUCACUGUACAUGCCUGUAAAAUUUGUCUGGGUUUUCACUAGAUGUAAAAUGGUUAUGAGACACUUUGAAGUCACGGUUAUGUGGUCGUCCACAGGAUGUAUUGAGAUUUUAUGCAAAUCGUGCUGUAAAAACAGCUGUUUCC